UACAGAUGGGGCAUUUACAGCCUUACUUGGUACUGCUAUAGCUGGAGGUCUUGUCAGAGAUGGUGCUGGAGGUUGGAUUAAGGGCUUUGCUUACCAUCUUGAUAUAUGUUCAGUGCUUUGUGCUGAGCUAUGGGGUAUUUUAAACGGCAUAGAUAUUGCUUGGUGGGUGGAUUGUAGAAAAAAUCAUCGUGGAAGUUGAUUCUAAGUUUGCAGUGUGGACCUAUUGCUUCAACAUGAUUCUUCUCAUGGUAAUCUGGCAGCUAUUACUGAGCUUCUGCAACGUCAACGGCACGUCCGGCUUACAUUGUGUCGUUGUCUGCCGCGGGAACAUAUGAUGGAGGGUGAUCUGAGUAAAAAUCCAACCUUUACUAUUACCCCAAUAGGAAACAGCCUACAAGCAAUAUAAUAACGGGCUUUUGUUGUCAGUUUAAUGGGCCAGAAAGAGAAUCGGCCCAUUCCACAAAGAAAUCUGAGACACAGUGGUGGAGAGUGGGAGCAAGUAAACGCAAUGUGGUAUGGAGGGAAGAGAUGGGUGAAUUACACUGACACCUUUUGGUUUUUGUUUUGGAGGCAAUAGACACCAAUGUCCAAAACCAAAGCACACAUCUUUUCGUUUCCCGCCCACUGUUUUUCCCUUUAAAUCCACCAUUACUUAUUACAUUUUAGUUUUGUUGCUGUCAUCAAUCUAACAACCAAACCCCAAACCUAACCCAGGCCACCGCAAAGGACAAAGAACAAAGCAGAAGCAGGAGGGGUUUGUCGAUAAGGGAAAGAAAUAAAGAUGGGAUCUUCAUCAAUAUUGGAUACAACAACAAAUGAUCCAGUUGAUAAUACUAUUUCUUCUUCAUCAUCUGUAGGUAUGAGGAAGAACAAAAAAGGGAAACAAAAAUCUUCAGUGUCUAAUGUAAAAAAAGAAGUGCCAGAAAAAAACACAAAAGGGAAGAAGAGAAAUUCCCCCGAUACCAACAAGGAAGAGCCUACUGGUGGUGAUGGUUCACUGAAAAGGCCUAAGAGAGCUGCUGCAUGCAAAGAUUUCAAGGAGAAAUCUGUACGAUUGCAUGAAGAGAAGUCUUAUGUUGAAUCAAAGAAAGAACAAGUUGUCGAUGAAGAGAUUCUAGCUGUUCGUUUGACUCAAGGGCAAGAAGAGGGUCGCCCAAACAGGAGAUUGAUUGAUUUUGUUGUGCAUGAUGCAAAUGGCAACCCACAGCCCUUGGAGAUGGUUGAAGUUGAUGAUAUGUUCAUCUCUGGCAUUAUAAUGCCUCACGAGGAAAGCCUUGACAAGGAAAAAGAAGUGCAUGUUAGGUGUGAUGGCUUUGGAAGGAUAGAAGCAUGGGAUAUCUCUGGUUAUGAAGAUGGAUCCCCAGUCAUUUGGCUGAGUACUGAAGUGGCAGAUUAUGACUGCAUUAAGCCUGCAGGUGGCUACAAGAAGUUCUUUGAUCAUUUCUUUCUGAAGGCACUUGCUUGUGUUGAAGUCUACAAAAAACUCUCAAGAUUCUCUGGAGGAAACCCUGAAGUCACCCUUGAUGAGUUGCUUGCUGGGGUUGUGCGAGCAAUGAGUGGAAAUAAGUGUUUCUCUGGUGCAGUAUCCAUCAGGAAUUUCCUCAUUUCACAGGGUGAAUUUAUUUAUCACCAAAUAAUUGGUUUGGAUGAGACUUCCAAAAAGAAUGAUAAGAAAUUUGCAGACUUGCCUGUUCUUGUUGCCUUGAGAGAUGAAAGUUGCAAUCAUGGAAAUGUUCUGAUAGCAAAAGCAGCAAAUUCUGGUGGGAACUUGGUGAUUGGUCCAGAAUCUGUGGAUGGUGCUGUUGUGAAUCAGUCUAACCAAUCCAGUACCACAGCUGAGGAAGAUGAGGAUGCAAAGUUAGCAAGAUUAUUGCAGGAAGAAGAGUAUUGGCAGUCUAAUAUGAGGCAGAAGAAAAGUCGUGGUUCAGUUUCUGCAUCCAACACAAUCUACAUCAAAAUUAAUGAAGAUGAGAUUGCAAAUGACUACCCUCUCCCUGCGUUUUACAAACACUCUAAUGAAGAAACCGAUGAGUAUAUAGCUGUUGCAAGUGAUGAUGUAAUUGACCAUCCUGAUGAUCUCCCUAGAAGAAUGCUUCAUAACUGGUCACUUUAUAACUCAGACUCAAGGUUGAUUUCUCUGGAGCUUCUUCCAAUGAAACCUUGUGAAGACAUUGAUGUCACCAUCUUUGGAUCAGGAAGUAUGACUGAAGAUGACGGAAGCGGAUUCUGUCUUGAUGAUGGUCCUGAUCAGUCUUCUUCAAGGGGUUUGGAGGCUCAGGAUGACAUGGGUUUGCCAAUAUUUUUGAGUGCGAUAAAGGAGUGGAUGAUUGAGUUUGGAUCAUCAAUGAUUUUUAUAUCACUACGCACGGACAUGGCCUGGUAUAGACUUGGAAAGCCAUCAAAACAAUAUGCUUCCUGGUAUAAGCCAGUCCUAAAAACAGUAAAGCUUGCAAGAAGCAUCAUUACUUUGUUGAAGGAGCAAAGUCGAGUAUCACGGCUUUCUUUUGCAGAUGUAAUCCGGAAAGUGUCUGAGUUCAAGAAGGAUCAUCAUGCUUAUAUUUCUUCUGAUCUAGCAGCAGUUGAGAGGUAUGUGGUUGUGCAUGGACAAAUAAUACUACAGCUUUUUGCUGAGUUUCCAGAUCAGAAGAUCAAGAAAUGUGCAUUUGUGGUUGGUUUGACUCGUAUGAUGGAGGAGAGGCACCAUACUAAAUGGGUAGUGAACAAGAAAGCAAUUGUGCAAAAGUGUCAUUCCAAUUUGAAUCCUCGGGCUGCAAUGGAUACUGUUGCUUCUGGAGCAUCCAAGAGGAAGCUUAUGCAGGCAACAACAACAAGACUGAUCAACAGAAUAUGGGGGGAAUAUUAUUCAAACUAUUCUCCAGAGGAUUUGAAAGAGGGAAAUGAUUGUGAUGUAAAAGAAGAUGAACUUGAGGAACAGGAUGAAAAUGAAGAUGAUGAUAAAGAGGUGGUGGUAGAGAAAACACUAAAACCUUAUUCAGUGUUUGAACAUUGUAAAUCCCAUACUUCACAAAAAGAGGUAAGAUGGGAUGGGAAUCCUGUAAGCAAAACAUCUUCUGGAGAAGACAUUUACAAGCAAGCCAUUGUUUGUGGACAGGUCAUUGUGGUGGGGGCUGCUGUCUUAGUGGAGGUUGAUGAACCAGAUGAACUUCCUGCCAUUUAUUUUGUGGAGUACAUGUUUGAAACAAGAAAUGGAAGUAAAAUGUUUCAUGGGAGAAUGAUGAAGUGGGGAUCUGAGACAGUUCUUGGUAACACUGCCAAUGAUAGAGAGGUUUUCUUAACAAAUGAAUGCAUGAAUUAUAAACUACAGGAUGUUAAGCAAGCAAUAAUUCUGGAAGUUCAAAAAAGGCCUUGGGGGCAUCAUCACAGGAAAGAUAAUGCCAAUGCUGAUAGAAUUGAUAGGGAAAAGGCAGAAGAGAGGAAAAAGAAAGGAUUGCCACUAGAAUAUUACUGUAAAAGCUUGUACUGGCCAGAAAGGGGUGCUUUCUUCACUCUUCCAUUUGAUACUGUGGGUCUUGGUUCUGGUGUCUGCCACUCUUGUAACUUAAAAAUAUCUGAAGAAGACAAGAAUAUAUCCAUAGUGAAUUCUUCUCAAACAGGAUUUUCAUACAAGGGAACGGAGUACUCAGUCCAUGAUUUUGUUUAUGUGAGCCCUCAUCAAUUUUCCGUGGAAAGUGGGGAGACUGAAACUUUUAAGGGUGGAAGGAAUGUUGGAUUGAAGCCUUAUGCUGUGUGCCAGUUAUUGGAAGUUGUUCCAAUGGAAACAAAACAAUCUGAAACAAGAUCCACUGAGGUCAAAGUUCAAAGAUUUUUCAGACCAGAUGAUAUUUCACCUGAAAAGGCAUAUUGUUCUGAUAUUCGUGAGAUAUAUUAUAGUGAAGAAACACAUCUUUUAUCUGUUGAGAUGAUUGAAGGGAAAUGUGAAGUCAGAAAGAAAAUUGAUAUUCCCACAUGCAGUGCUCCUGCAAUCUUUGAUCAUAUCUUCUUCUGUGAGCACAUGUAUGAUCCUUCCAAUGGGUCCCUCAAGCAGCUACCAGCUCAUAUCAAAUCAAAGUUUUCAGCUAUCAGUAAAGAUGGUGAUGUUGCAAGUAGAAAGAGAAAGGGAAAGUCCAAAGAAGGAGAAAAUGAUACAGAAGAUGACAAACAAUUGGAAGCAUCUCCAGAGUACCCUUUGGCCACUUUGGAUAUUUUUGCUGGUUGUGGUGGCUUGUCUGAGGGAUUGCAGCAAGCUGGUGUCUCAACAACCAAGUGGGCUAUUGAAUAUGAAGAGCCUGCUGGGGAAGCAUUUAAACUCAAUCAUGCAGAAUCAUUGAUGUUUAUUAAUAAUUGCAAUGUGAUCCUCAGGGCUGUGAUGGAAAGGUGUGGAGAUGCAGAUGACUGUAUUUCUACUUCUGAGGCUGCUAAAUUGGCUUCAUCACUUGAUGCGAAGGUGAUUGAUGGUUUGCCAUUGCCAGGGCAGGUGGAUUUCAUCAAUGGAGGGCCUCCAUGUCAGGGCUUCUCUGGAAUGAAUAGGUUUAAUCAGAGCACUUGGAGUAAAGUUCAAUGUGAGAUGAUCUUAGCAUUCUUAUCCUUUGCUGAUUACUUCCGCCCAAAGUAUUUCCUCUUAGAGAAUGUGAGGAACUUUGUAUCUUUCAAUAAAGGACAGACUUUCCGUUUAACUAUUGCUUCUCUUCUUCAGAUGGGUUAUCAGGUGAGAUUUGGAAUUUUGGAGGCCGGAGCAUAUGGAGUUUCUCAGUCACGCAAACGUGCCUUUAUAUGGGCAGCCGCCCCUGAGCAGAUACUCCCAGAAUGGCCAGAGCCAAUGCAUGUUUUUGCUGCCCCAGAGUUAAAAAUAACAUUGUCUGAGAAGUCACAAUAUGCUGCUGUUAGGAGUACUGCUUGUGGAGCCCCUUUCCGUGCAAUAACUGUCAGAGAUACAAUUGGUGAUCUCCCAGUUGUGGCGAAUGGUGUUUCUAAGACAAAUUUGGAGUACGGAAAUGAUCCUAUCUCUUGGUUUCAAAAGAAAAUUCGAGGCGACAUGGUUGUCUUGACUGACCAUAUAUCAAAAGAAAUGAAUGAGCUGAAUCUUAUUAGAUGCAAGAAUAUCCCAAAGCGGCCAGGUGCUGAUUGGCGUGAUCUCCCAGAUGAAAAGGUCAAAUUGUCUACUGGGCAAGUGGUUGAUUUGAUACCAUGGUGCCUUCCAAACACAGCUAAACGACACAAUCAGUGGAAGGGGCUAUUUGGAAGGUUGGAUUGGGAAGGGAACUUCCCAACAUCAAUAACAGAUCCCCAGCCAAUGGGUAAGGUGGGGAUGUGCUUCCACCCUGAGCAGGACAGGAUUCUUACUGUUCGUGAAUGUGCACGAUCUCAAGGAUUCCCAGAUAACUAUCAGUUUUUCGGUAACAUUCAACACAAGCAUCGGCAAAUUGGAAAUGCUGUUCCUCCUCCUCUAGCAUAUGCAUUGGGAAGGAAACUCAAGGAAGCAUUGGAUAGUAAGAGGCAGAAAUAGUUGGAGGGUCCACGAAAUUUGUUAGAAAGUAGAGUUUCAUCAGGUGGAGAAAACACUUGGUCUUAAUAAAUUGCAAUUUAUAUUGUGUUGUGGUGUCGCUCUCGGCCAUUAAGCAGUUGCAACCAAGAAGAUUGUGUAGGCAAUUUUGUGUUUGUUGAUCCUGGCUGUUUAGCCAUACAAUAUACAGUGAGUUCGUGAAAACACGUUUGAUUUUUUACAGAGCCAAAUUUAUUUUAAUGCUUAUAGACAAUAAGGUAUUUUCCCUUUUCAAAUUAUAGUAUUUAUUGAUCAUUUAGAGGAUAUUGACAAGAUUUAUUA